AUGUUUUCGUCUGCCAUUGCUGUUGCUAAUGCUGACGGUAAGGUUGAUGUUAUUGCUAACCCUGAUGGUGACAGAGCCAUCCCUUCAAUCUUGUCAUAUGUUGGAGUUGAUGAAUACCAUGGUGCUCAAGCCAAGGCUCAAUUAAUCAGAAACCCUACCAAUACUAUCAUUAACUUCAGAGACUACAUUGGAAAGAAGUACGACGAAGUUGACAUUUCUGCUUCUAAGUUGGGUGCUCCUGCCAUCCAAACCGAGGACGGUAAUAUUGCUUACAAAAUCAUUAGAGAAGAGAACAAGACAGAAAUUGUUACUGUGGGUGAAGCUGUUAGAAGACAUUUGAUCCAACUUAAGUUGGCUGCUGAAGAUUACCUUGGUAACGAUAUUUCUGAAGCUGUUAUCACUGUUCCAACUGAUUUCAAUGAACACCAAAGAACCGAAUUGGUCAAAUUUGCUGGUGAAGCUGGCUUGAAGGUUUUACAAUUGGUCAAUGAACCAAGUGCUGCUUUGUUGGCCCACUUAUCUGCCACUGAAAACAAAUUGUUGGAAGACAAGACUUAUGUUGUUGCUGACUUUGGUGGCAUUAGAUCUGAUGCUGCUGUUAUCUCGGUUAGAGGUGGUAUUUUAACUGAAUUAGCCACAGCCCACGAGCCACAUUUGGGUGGUGACAAUUUAGAUGAUUCUUUAGUUGAAUACUUUGCUAAGGAAUUUGAAAAGAAGUUCAAGGUUGACCCAAGAAAGACUGCUCGAUCAUUAGCCAAGUUGAAGGCUGAAUCCAUAAACGUCAAGAGAACCUUAUCUAAUGUUCAAACUUCAACCUGUUCUAUUGAAUCUUUGGCUGAAGGAUUUGACUUUCACACAAGUAUAAAUAGAUUGAGAUACGAGUUGACUGCUAGAUCUGUUUUUGGUAAGAUGACCAGUUUUGUCGAACAAGUGAUCAAGAAAGCUGGUUUAGACCCAUUAGAUAUUGAUGAAGUGGUCUUGGUUGGUGGUACUUCUCACUCUCCUAAGUUGGCUUCCAAUGUUUCCUUUGUGUUCCCUGAAUCUACCGUAGUUGUUGCUCCAACUUUGGACCCCAAGGCUUUAGAUCCUUCUGAAUUAAUCUGUCGUGGUGCUGCUUUACAAGCCUCCUUAAUUGAAUCGUUUGAUGAAGAAGAAAUUAAGGAAUCUUUACAACCAAUUGUUGUUAACACCCAACAUUUGAAGAAGCCAAUUGGUAUUAAGGAUGCUGAAGGUAACUUUGUUCCAAUCUUGGUGGCUGAAACUGCUUAUCCUAUUAAGAAGUCCGUUAAUGUCACCAAUGGUACCAAUGAAAAUGUUAUCAUUGAAUUAUACGAAGGUAAGAGAACCAUUAAGGAAACCAUCAUUGAACCAACUCCUGUUUCCGAUGCAGAAGACCUGGAUGAUGAUUCCGAUGAAGAACCAGAAAUCCAAAGAGAAGUUGUUUACGAAACUGGUGAUCUUUUGGCCAAAUUAAGUUUGAAGGAUCUCAAACCAAACAGUGAAUUGGAAGUCAUUGUUAACAUCACCCAAAAUGGUGUCUUACAUCUUUCAGGUAGAGAGUUGAAGCCCGGUUCUGUUGCUGUUAAGGGUGAAAUCACUUCCGCUUAG